UUUGCCUAAAAGUUCGCGAUCCCGCUCCCACUCUCUCUUCCUUUUCUCCUUUCUCUCCAGCGACCAAUUUUCGACGACACCCGCCGACGACCACCAAACCCGCCUUCACAAUGGCCGCCGCUACUUCCGUCCCCACCUCCAACCAGGUUCUGGUUCCCGAGACCCUUCUCAAGAAGCGCAAGUCUCAGGAGAAGGCUCGCGCCGAGCGUAACUCUGCCACCGAGAAGCGCAAGGCCGACAACAAGGAGAAGCGCAAGGUCAUCUUCAAGCGCGCCGAGAAGUACAUCACCGAGUACCGUGAUGCCGAGCGCGAGAAGAUCCGUCUCUCCCGCGUCGCCCGCGAGAACGACUCCGCCUACGUUCCCGCCGAGGCCAAGCUGAUCUUCCUCAUCCGCAUCAAGGGUAUCAACAAGAUCGCCCCCAAGCCCCGCAAGAUCCUCCAGCUUCUCCGUCUCCUCCAGAUCAACAACGGAGUUUUCAUCAAGAUCACCAAGGCCACCACCGAGAUGAUCAAGAUCAUCGAGCCGUGGGUUGCCUACGGUUACCCCAACCUGAAGUCCAUCAAGGAGCUCGUCUACAAGCGCGGUUACGGAAAGGUCAACAAGCAGCGUGUUGCCCUCACCGACAACGCCAUCAUCGAGGAGAACCUCGGCAAGUACGGCAUUGUCUGCAUGGAGGACCUGAUCCACGAGAUCUACACCGUUGGCCCCAACUUCAAGCAGGCCUCCAACUUCCUCUGGCCCUUCAAGCUCUCCAACCCCACUGGUGGCUUCCGCCCCCGCAAGUUCAAGCACUUCAUCGAGGGUGGUGACCUUGGCAACCGCGAGGACAAGAUCAACGCUCUCAUCCGCCAGAUGAACUAAGUUCUUCUCGGUUGGUAUGUGGCUUUUUGAUCAACGAAAAUGGGGGUUUGGCAGGCUUAGUUACUCGGGUUUCGGCAGGUUGAGAAUACCAAGGGUUCAUUACAUGAUUGGCACGGUUGCACGGCGUUGAUAACCACAAGAGGGAAUUUGUGUGAAUU